CUUCGCUUCCAUUCGACGUCGAUAAACAUUCGUGGUUCGAGACUUCGAGCGCCAACGUGCAGUCGCGUGGGAAGAUAACAAGCUUGUGAUCCGCCGUUCGCGAAGUUCAGAAAUACCGGCGAAACCCACAAAAAGACGCGCUGCAAUUACUCAGUUUUACUUCGGACCUCAAAUUCACCUCGAUCUCAAACCCGGCUUCGGUAGUGUACCAGAAGUCCCUGAAAAACCAUCUACAGUAAUUCGCCGCGUUCACGCUAAGCUUAAGUCCAAGUUUUAGAAAUGCCUCCACGAAAGACGAACAAGCGCAGCGAAGAGGAGGUUGCUGUUGAAGGCGCCGGUGAAAAUGACGCAUCUCCACCAAAAAGGGCGAAAGGCCGAAAAGCCGUCACCGAGAAGUCCGAUGACGCCAGAGAGCCCCGAUUUCCCCGUGCGGCGAAAAAUAAAAAACCCGAGGUCACGCCAGAACCAGAACCGGUGAAGAAGUCCAAGGCGUCAACCAAGAAAAACGACGCCACUUCAAAGAAGGCGAAAAAAGCUGCAAAAUCCGAUGAUGAGGAUGAACCUUUGAACGACGAGGACAACGCCGAAUCCGACGAAGUCCCUGAAGUUCCAAAGAAAAAGGCUCGCGGUAAACCAGCGGCGAAAAAGGCGGGCGCCGACGAAGAAACGACUAAAACGAAUAGCCAGAACUCGAGAAAAAAACAAACUGACGAUAAGCUGAAAAAAGAGGAGGAAAUCAGUGAUUCUAGGUCAAAAAAGAAAACGAAAGCCGCUGGUGCGAAAAAGGGCAGGGGUAAGAAGGCCAAGGACAUUGCGGACGAAGCCGAAGAUGAGGUUGCUGAGGGUAGCGAGAAGGAGGAUGAGGAAGAGUCCCCAGAGCCAGAAGAGAAUGGAAAUGCUCAAGAGGUAGUAGAGAAUGGAGGAAGCGAGAAUGGCGAUGACUCGAAAAAAAAAUCCAAGAGCAAACCAGCCACCAAGAAAGUUGAACCCGCUGCGAAGAACAGUACCGAAGUUGCGGCCAACGAAGAGGGCGGCGAUUCCGAAUAGUAAUGUUUUUAAUUCUUGAUUCUUGAUAUUCAACAUCCGUCACUGCAGGGCUUGGAGCUUGAACAGGACACUAUGGAGAUAUGUCUCGUAGUAAAAUUAAUAAUAAAUUUUUAUAAACACUUUGAAAAGGUAAUCAAUCACACGAAAGUCCCGAGCCCAAGCGAAUAUUUACUAUAUUUACAUCUAUAAGAAUGUAAUGUGACUUGUGUAUAGUUUCAUUAUUCUGUGUGAUUUUGAAAUACAAUACUACGUGUAUUAUUUUAUAAUCCCUAGCAAUAGAAUAGAUGUAUUUUUCGAUGUUUCAAAAUCGAAAGCAUCGGAUCCAUCGAAGUACAACCUCAUGGUUCAGUCGCGAUUGUUUCGACGAAUUUUCACGGGACUACUAAAAAUUUUUGUGACGCAAGCAUUUCAUACAAAUUCAAGCGAAUGUAGCGGGUUUUUCCCAAGUGCUGCUAAUCCAUAUCAAUGGUAUUCGUAUUUUUUAGUUAGUCCUAAGGUUUUAUUGGCGAAAUGUGGAUCGUAACCGAUAUUGUACUUUAUAUUGGAUUACUUUUUCAAAUCGAUAAAAUACCCAUUCUUAAAAUAUUGUUAAUAUGGUUGUAUACUUAUUUACGUGGUACGCCCUAUCAAUUUAUAACAAUAAGUAAUUCCAGCGACGAAGUUGAAGUUCUACGAAACAAUAAUUUUCAAAUUGCUUUUGAAAAGAAGUAGAGAUUUUCUUGUAGUCUGCUUCUGAAAUUUUCAGUACAAAGUUUGUAAUUUUGUUUUCGUUUCCAAGUGUUUUGAGUGUUGACACAGAAUACUAGAGACCAAAAUCAUUUUUGAUGAAAAUUUUAAAUUCGAUUUCGUAACGAUUCAAGCACUUUUAUUGAAGCCACUUCUUAGGUGUGAUGAUAUCUCUAGGUGUCGAAGAUUUUAAUCCUUUUUCUCCAGGAACAUAAGUUUUAAGGUAAAACGUUUUAGAGAAGAUGUAUAAGACAUCACAUGAAAUAGCACAAUGUAGAUCUUCAUAAUAUAGCAAAUUCAAUAAACCUGUACUAACCAACAUAAA